AGCUAACCUGGUUAGAUGGAUGUUGUUAGCAUAGGUUAGCUACUGUUAUUGUGGAUCUUUUUUUUAAACAGGUUUAUCAGGACAAGUUCUGCUUCCCCUUCAGACUGUUAAACAUGCAGCCCUGGCAAUUCCUACUGUUUAAAAUCAGGUUUCUCAGGGAAUGGCCCUGCUUUUCCUCUCUGACUGCUAAACAUGGAGGCUGUAACUCUGGCAGAUCUCCAUUAAGAUAGAGUUCACAUCCUGCAGCAGCUCUACAGCUUAUAAACGAGGAGCCACGGUGUGUUUCUGCUCACAGUGGAGAGACUGUAACCACAGUGUGACUAAAAAACUGAGUGGGAAAGAGAGGAAGAGGGACAGACAGACAGACAGACAGACAGCCAGAGAGAGCAAGCUAUGCUUCACUGUGGUGCUGGAACAAGUGGAGGGCGGGAUGGCAGCAGUGCCCAGGAGAAGCAGCAGCAGCAGCAGCAGCAGUUUCCAUAUCUGGUUAAAGAUCCUCAGGAGCUGCACAGAUCCCACCUGAAAUUAACCUCAGCUCAGUGCAUCAUCACUAAGAACACCAGCGAUAAAACCAGCAAACAACAUCUGCAGUUCAGCCAGCCGAGACCAUCAGUGUUACGCAAGGGCAACCAGACUCUACCACAGGACUUGUCCAGCCAGUCAGCUCAGGGUCACUGGUCCACGCCGAUGGUGUGUAAGGCUGAAGUUGAAAAUAACUUCUCAGUCAACUCCUCAUCUUUUGAAGCUAAGUCUCCCAGCACGGACAGUGCUUCUGUACCAGGUCCCAGGCUGGGCACAGCCGAGCACCACCAUACACAACAUCCACAGGAAGUCUUGGAGAGUGUGCUGUGUGCUAAAGGGGUGUGUGCCUGGCCAGACUGUAAGAAAGUGUUUAAGGAAUCCACACACUUCCAUAAACAUCUACGUUCUGAACAUCGUCCUGGGGACAAAACCAUCGAACAGUGGACAAAGCAGAGCGAUAAUGUAAAACAGAUUGAGAAUCAGCUGAUUUUGGAGAAACAGAAACUACGGGCCAUGUCUCUACAUCUGUCCAGCAUGACAUCUUCAGCUGAGUCACUGCAGAACAACCCCAGCUUGAGUCUGAAGCAGACAUUCAGUCCAUCCGGAAGCCUGCAGGCCUUUGAGAGUGUGACCAGUCUUCAGGGCAGCGGUCGAGUCCCAGCUGAAAUGCUGCCUUCAGGACACUUGCAGAUCCCUACCUCACAAUUCAUACCGGGACUUAUCACCAGCAUCGAGUGGUACAAAUACACAAACAUAAGGCCACCAUUCACCUACGCCUCCAUGAUAAGAUGGGCAAUUCUGGAGUCUCCAGAAAAACAGCUAACCCUAAACGAAAUCUAUCACUGGUUCACACGCAAGUUCUCCUACUUCCGUCACAACACGGCCACGUGGAAGAACGCUGUCAGACACAACCUCAGUCUCCAUAAGUGCUUUGUGCGCGUGGAUGGAGGAAAGGGCUCGGUGUGGACGGUGGACGAGGCUGAAUUUCUGAGGAGGAAAGGACAAAAAUUACAGAGGGACCAAGACGUGAGCUGGAUGCCACACUAUAUGUGUUGUUUUUGAUUUUUUUAUAUCUUCAGUGGUUAGUCACGUUUUGGACAUUCUGAGUAACCACCACCGACACCUCAGCGUGACUCAUUUCAUUAGAUAUUAAUAUUUUUUCUAAUUUUUAUCAGCCUUCCUUUCCUUUGAACCACUGGACCAGGGAAGUGUACGCUAAGCUAGCUACACAUAGACAAUCAACACAUAAGGAAAAUAAAAUACUAAAGGUUACACAUUCUUGUCAUUUUACACUCUACUGGAAAUAAACAUGUUAAUUUUGAUAUUUUAUUCAAUAAAACGUUAUAAAAUACA